AUGUCAUCAGAUGAACAACGUACAGAUUCAGAAACAACGAAGCGAACAACCGGUUCGAUUGAUCGCUUGAAGGCGAGUAAUAUAAAAAGCAACAAAUCAAAAUCAAGUGACCACCGUCAAAAUAAACUCGCCAAAGUCGGUAAACAAGAGGGUAUUGAUGAGGAUGAACAGGAGGAGGAAACGGAAAGAAAUGGUGAUUCAAACGAAGAGAAUAAAUGCGAGAAUGCGAGUGGAUCGAAUCAAAAAAUUGAAUCGAAUGUGGAAAUUAUCAAUGUGACUGUUGAACGACAGCAAACUGUCCAACAUCAGUCAUCUGAGGUGUGUUUAAUCUAG